AUGGAUUCCCAGGCAGCGUCUAGCAUGUCCGAUUUCAGUGAUAAGGACCGCAAAGAGUUGCAACAAUUCAUCGAGAACGAACAACAGAAAUCAAAGUUUCAGACAAAUGUCCACAAUUUGACCGACAUGUGUUGGUCCAAAUGUAUGACGUCCAAAAUUACUGGCACGGCAAUCGACAAAGAAGACGAUCGUGAAGCAGCUAGACCACAUGGGCGGCAGGGCCUAAAAGACGAUGUUCGAGAGGAAAGGAAUAGAGAUCAGCCUGUUCGAUAG